GUAUCUCACUCACAUACACAGUCACACACACACUUAUGAUUUUGAGGUUUGAUUCCAGUCUUCAGUCAUAAAUUUUGCAUUGCUAAUUUUUCUUGGUUAUUUCAACGAAUUAUCCUUCACUAAAAAAAUCAUAAAUAUCAAUCAGAAGAAUGAAAUUGUCGCAUGAACGUAUAUUUUGUUAAGGAAUGAUGAAAGUAUGAAGCAAAAAGUUAUAGUCAUUGUAGAGUCAAAUGUUGCUUAAGGAACUAAUCUACAAGUCAGCCCAAGUGCAAAUGGGUCUAAAAAUGCUUCAGGGAAAUGCAGACCAGAAAUUAUGUCAAUUAAAUUCACGUCUGAUCCCAUGGAGUACCAACUUUGCUCCUUAUUGGGACAGUGUACGACUGAUAUUGCUGUGGUUUUUUUGGGUCGUUAUACAACAAAUGGAUGUCUUGUAGCUAUGAAAAAAUACAACAUGGAAAAAAUAUCUAGAGCUGAAACAGAACUUAUAAAGGAUGAAAUAAUAUUGAUGCGUCAGUUGUCUCACUCGAAUCUUCUACCUUGCUUGACAUCAUUCGUUUCUGGUCACGACGUAGUUGCCAUCUCACCAUUGAUGGGGUACGGCUCUUGUCAUGAUCUCAUUUUGCGCCAUUUUAAUACCGGUCUUCCAGAACUUCUCAUCGCCAUAAUUUUAAGAGAUAUUUUGCAAGCUUUGAACUACAUGCACCAAAAAGGAAUGAUUCACAGGGCUGUGAGAGCAAGUCAUAUUCUUGUGGGAGCAGAUGGUGUCCGACUUACGGGAUUGAGGUAUGCUUGUUGUAUCAGACAAAACAGCUACAACUAUUCUAGAAGGGUUCAUUCUUUUCCUCUGUCAACAGAGCCCAAUCUAAGUUGGCUUAGUCCAGAAAUCCUGCAACAGAAUCUUCUCGGUUACAACGAAAAGUCCGACGUGUAUAGCGUGGGAAUCACGUGCUGUGAACUGGCCAAUGGCGUGGUUCCGUUUGCAGACACGCCCACUACUCUCAUGCUCACGGAGAAAGUGCGAGGAAUGGCGCCUCAGCUUCUAGACCGCACCACUUAUGUCCUCUACGACGACACUGGUCAACCAAAUGAUCCGGACUGCUGUAGAAUGAAUGACCAAAUAAAAGAGUAUUCGCUUCGGAAAUUCUCGGAGCCAUUUCAUGACCUGAACGAGUUGUGCUUGAUGUGUGAUCCUCAAGAAAGACCUACGCCCGCCCAGCUUUUGAGUCAUGCUUUUUUCAAGCAAAAUCGCCGCAACACGCAGCCCCUGCAUGAGCUUCUACUCCCAGCAGUUCCUAUAGCUCAAGAAAAUGUUCCUGUAAUUCAAGGUGAUUUGGAAAUGAUUUUAGCUGAGGAUAAAAUGAGUGCUCUAGAUCUGUGCCCGGUAAAUUGGGACUUUGAUAGUUAAUUGUAGUCAAUUUAAUAGUAAUCAAUUUUGGUUAUUGUUGUCUUUCAAAAUUGAAUUCACAAGUAUUUUCUUCAACGAAAUUCUUGUUAAAUUCCAAUAACAUGUAGAAACUCCAAUUACUACUAAAAUUAGAUUAAAUUAUUAUGUACGAGCUCCAAUUAUGCAAAAAUUAACUCCAAUUAUUGAUAACGUACAAACUCCAAUUAUUGUAAUUGUAAAAACGAAUAAUUAUAGCUUGAAAAAACUCCAAGUAUUAGGUGAUAAUAAUUUGACUGUGAUUUCACAUUGGGUCUUAAGCGUUGAAAAGAGAAUUGUAUUGGAAUACAGUAUUUCAUUGUU